CACUUAACAGAAUUGAAGGAUCGAUUUACUCUUGACCCCAAAUAAAAUGAAGGAAUAAUUGAGGCUUCACCAUAUCGAUUCAAAGCAAAGCCGUUGAGAAAGAUGGCUAGCCCUGAAGAAGAGGAGGAGGAGCAGGAGGAGGAGGAGAGCUUGGAUCAGCUACCAGGAACAGUGCUUGCAACCAUAAUUUCAAAACUCGACGUGGCAUCAAUCUGCUCCGUUGCUUCCACCUGCAAGACCUUCAACGCUUGUGCUUCUCAUAUCCUCACUUUCAUCCCCAGUUUUCACCUCCUUGAUAUUGCGCCGUCAAUUGAUUUAUUAAAGCCUUUAAUGCCUCCCAAUCCUUACCUUAAAAGCCUGAAGCUUGACUGCGCCCGACUUGAUGAUUCUGCUAUUAAUGUUUUCGUUCGGGAUUCCUUUCAUGAACUUUAUUUACAUAAUUGCGCAAAUUUUAGUGGGAAAUUGCUUUCUGAGAUUGGAGGAAAGUGCGCCGAUUUAAGGUAUCUGUACUUGGAAUCAGUGGCUGAAAAAAGAGGGCGCCCUAUUCAUAUAUCUGAUCUGGAGGAGUUACUCAGAGGUUGCACGCAAUUAGAAGAACUGAUUUUGAUGUUUGAUGUCCCAUUAUUUCUUCGUCAUAAGUUUGCUCAAGUAUGGGCUUUGGCUUCAGAAAAACUCACUUCUCUUGAGAUUGGGUGUGUUUCUUCAGUGAUGGUAACUGAACUGCUUAGCCCAAGUUUGGGACAUCAUCGAUCACCAAAUCAUGUUCGACCACCCAUUCUGCCUGGCAUUCAGAGAUUGUGCCUUUCUGUAGACUAUAUUACUGACACCAUGGUUAGCACAAUAUCGAAUGUUCUCUUGUCCUUGACACAUUUGGACCUUCGAGAUGCCCCUCUCAUAGAACCAACAAGUGCAUAUGAUCUCACCAACUCUGGUCUUCAGCAGAUUAAUCAGCAUGGAAAAUUGAAACAUCUCUCAUUGGUUCGAAGCCAAGAAUUCCUCAUCACAUAUUUUAGACGUGUUAAUGAUCUGGGAAUGCUGUUAAUGGCUGACAAGUGUGCAAACAUGGAAAGUAUUUGUCUUGGAGGCUUUUGUCGAGUUACAGAUACCGGAUUCAAAACAAUCUUGCAUUCAUGCUCUAGUCUCUACAAGCUCAGGGUGUCUUAUGGAACCCAUUUAACUGAUCUGGUCUUUCAUGACAUUUCUGCGACAGCUCUGUCUUUAACUCAUGUGAGCUUGAGAUGGUGCAACCUUUUAACCAACCAUGCAAUAAAGAAUUUGGUAUCAAACACGCACCUUAAAAUUCUUGACUUGAGAGACUGCAAACACCUUGGGGAUGGAGCCCUAAGAUCUAUCAGCACUCUUCCGGAGUUGAAGAUUUUACUACUGGAUGGCUCCGAUAUAAGUGAUUUUGGAUUGUCAUACUUAAGAGGAGUUAUAAAUUCGUUAGUUUCUCUGUCUGUGAGAGGGUGUAAGAGACUUACAGAUAAAUGCAUCUCUGCCUUAUUUGAAGGCUCUUCUAAACUAGAGUUACAACAAUUGGACCUAUCAAAUCUUCCUAAUCUCUCGGAUAAUGGAGUUCUGACACUCGCAAAAUGUAGGGUUCCAAUUUCCGAACUUAGAAUGCGACAGUGUCCACUCAUCGGUGAUGCAUCAGUCAUGGCAUUAGCAUCAAUGCAGGUUGAUGAGGACAGAUGGCAUGGUUGUAGACUGCGGUUGUUGGAUCUAUACAACUGUGGCGGUAUAACACAACUUUUGUUCUGGUGGUUAAAGAAACCCUAUUUUCCAAGGUUGAGAUGGUUGGGAGUGACAGGAAGUGUAAGUCGGGAUAUUGUAGAUGCUUUAGCUAGGAAUAGACCAUUCCUGCAUGUGGCAUGGCAUGCCGAGGAGCUGGGGUCCAACCAGUGGGAUAACUCACAUGGUUUAUACAUGCAUGACUACGAUGAGGUGGAUGAACUUGAACAACUUCUCGAAGAAGGUGAAUAUAUUGAUGAGGAGAUGAUGGAUGUUGAUAACGAUGCAGAACUCCUGUAGUAUUUGCCAUUGUGAAAAUAGACGAGGAGAAGAUGGAUGCUGGUAAUGAUGCAGAACCAUUGGAGUAUUUUCUGAUGUAAAAUGCUCCGUGUGUUAGCAUUCUCGUAAUGUGACAGUCUGUUGAUCUUAUAACUGACCUCAGAAUCUUGUACUUCAAGACAAAAUUUGCUAAAUAUGCGUUGUUGAUAAUGUAAAGUGUAUUAUAAGUGGAUUGCUACUUGAAUCUUGAUUGCAAAUAGAUUGCCUAUGAUUUGCCAA